AUGGGUGUGUCUAUUAGUAAACCAAUUGGACGGAAAAUGAUGAAAGAGGAUUUCGUAUUCUCUAUCGAAGAAUUUCAACGAAUUCCUCUUGUUUCAUUCGAACAAGCCGUUGAACCAUUGAUUUCAAUCUUACCAACAAUCAAAACUUACAGUCAAUUAAUCAAAGAAAAACGGCAUGACCCUAUCAACGGAUUGACAGCUGACGAAUCUGCAUCUAUUAUGCUUUACUCUAUACAAUGGCAACCGUACGAUCAGUGUCUUCAUGCUAUGGUCAAUUUCAUCCUAUCUGAAUCAAGCAUGCAUAAAUACGAACCAUGGUUAUACUAUUUCAAACUUCUAUUCACUGCGCUUUCACAUCUGCCAUCAACUCAUUCAAUAAUCUAUCGAGGAAGUAAAUUAGAUUUAAGCAAACAUUAUCAUCUCGAAGAAGUUAUCCUUUGGAAGGAUUUACCAUUGUGCACAACAUUGAUGAACGAUCUUCGAUCGGAAACAUGUUUAGAUGAGCAUGAGUUACGGACAGUAUUCAAAAUUGAAUCCUCGACUGUGAAAGAUAUACAGAAAUGUUGCUAUUCGUCAGAAAAUACAUUUGCAGUUGUUUUACCCGCAACGAAAUUUCAAGUUGUCGAUUGCUAUUAUUCGACUAAUGAUCAUUUACAUUGGAUAGUAUUGAAAGAAAUUCAACCAUCAUUGUUUCUACAUUCCAUUGAUCAGACCAAAUCAACUCCUUUUCACAAAUUCUGGCUUUCCUUGAUUCAUUCUCGAAAUUCGCCACUGAUAUUCGAUAACAUCUAUCGUAAUAUAUCUCUGGAACAUCGCAUUGUUCAAUAUGGACAUUCGUGGACAAUCGAUUUAGGCAAACAAAACUUAACGGAUCGAGAUAUGAACACCGUAGUUAAACAUGCUUUGAUCAAAAAUCGUUGUAAGCGUGUUCGACUAUGCGAUAAUAACAUUACAUGUCAAGGACUUUCAGUACUCUCCACAGGUUUGAAUAAUAAUUCUACGCUAGAGUUCAUAGACCUCCGAAAUAAUCAAAUAUCGGAUUUUGGACUUCAAUGUUUAACAGCAGCAAUUGCCAAUUCGAAUAUUAAAACGUUGAAUUUGGAGUCCAACCAAAUUACUCACAUUGGUGCACAAUAUUUAGCACAGUUAUUAAAAGAGAAUCGAACGAUAACAGAAUUAUAUUUAUCGAAGAAUCAUUUAGGUGAUCGGGGAAUCGAACUGAUUGCCAGUGCACUAAUGAAUGUGCCGGAAACUGUCUCAGAGCAAACAAAUAAUCAAAUAUGUGCAAGAUACUCAUCAACUCUACAGCAUCUUUAUCUCGGCCAGAAUGAUAUUACUGAUGAUGGCUUGAAGUAUCUAUCGAAUAUGUUGCAGUCGAAUCGAACGCUGACAUGGUUGUGGUUGACUGGCAAUGAAAUCAGUGAUCAUGGCGUGGAAAUUUUAUCGAAUACACUUGCGAAUUUCAAUACGAAUAUCGAAUGGUUAUUUUUAAAUUCAAAUAGAUCAAUUACGGAUGGAAGUGUGGAUGUAUUACUGAAUAUGUUUAAGCGAAAUUGUACGUUGAAAACACUUUAUAUAAACAAUUGUAAUCUGUCCGAUGUGGGCAAACGAAAACUUUUAAAAAUGAUCAAAACAAAAAAAGAUUUUGAUCUGGAAGUUUAA